GGCUGUGGUAACUAGUGACGACCGACUGCGUUGGACGCGUCUUCAACAACACCGCUCAACCAUCUCUGUAGCUUGCUAGCCAACAUGAAAUACAAACAUUGAAGCUCUGUAUGCCAUUUUUGUGUAGCUACACGAAUCUCGCUGAUUUAAACACAGUUCAUUUAACGUAUCUACUAGUUCAAUUAAACGUGAUUUGCUUGCUAAAUUUGCACAUGUGUUACCGAGCCUAGCAUUAGGCUAGUCGCUAAUGCUAAGUAGCUAACAUCCCUGACAAUGAGCUCACAAAGCUACUCUCCUCCUGCUAAUGAAGAGGAGGUCUGCUGGACGGAGAAAGCAGCUACGGGGAUGAACAUUGUCAUUAAAGAAGAAGAGGAGGAUAUUACAGUGAUAGGAACGGAAGAAGCUUGUCGAAUUAAAAUAGAGGAAGGGAUAGAGGUUGUCACGAUGGAAGAGGAGGUAGAAGCUUUCAGAAUAAAAAAGGAGAUGGCUUCCUCUAUCACAUUGAAAGAAGAGCCUUUUGGAGUGAAGGAGGAGCCAAUAACAUUGAAAGAAGAGAAACCUUUUGGGGUGAAAGAGGAGGCGGAGGAGGAGACAGAAGAUCCGGUUAACACUGAUCCAAAAACGAGGCAAUAUGCAGUUUCCUGGCCCUCCCAGGGCUCUACAGUGAAGGAGGACAUCAGAAAGACACAGGAAGAAUCUAAUGUGACACCCGGGAGUCCCAGACAGUUUGGUGGUGAUGACGAUUCUAUUCACUGCGACAUGAAAGACAAGGAUUGGUUUCCUAGCAACAGGCUGAAGGCGGAGUUGGCUCCAGAGAGCCACACCCCAGAGCAGAGGGGGAGUGGUGACAUGUCUCUCCCAGAGUCCCCAGGUCGUGCCUCUCCCACUGUUGCCUUACUGUGGGGUCUGAAGAGGGUGUCUGUGCGGCUGGUCGACUGCAGGAAAACAUCGGGUCUGAGUGGAACUGUGAGAGGAGAAGAAGAGGGAGAUUCAGAUUCAACAGCUGAAAGACCAGACUCAGAGGAACCAGAGCCAGAGACGUCCAAACCAGUAAGACGACACCACUGCUCCCAGUGUGGAAAGAGUUUUACCCGGUUAGGGUCCUUGAAAAGGCACGAAGGAAUACACGCAGGAGAGGAGACUUACCACUGCUCCCAGUGUGGAAAGAGUUUUACCAGGUUAUUUAGCCUGAAACGACAUGAGAUGAUACACACAGGAGAAAAGCCUUUCCACUGCUCCCAGUGUGGAAAGAGUUUUACCCGUUUAUGGCACCUGCAAAUGGAUGAGAGAAGGCACAGAGGAGAGAAGCCUUUCCGCUGCUCCGAUUGUGGAAAGAGUUUUACCCAAUUAGGGAGCCUGAAAGAACAUGAGAGAAUGCACACAGGAGAAAAGCCCUUCCACUGCUCCCUGUGUGGAAAGCGUUUUACCCAUUUAGGAAGCCUGAAAGGACAUGAGAGCAUGCACAGAGGAGAAAAGCCCUUCCACUGCUCACAUUGUGGAAAGCGUUUUACCCGGUUGGGGCACCUGAAAGCACAUGAGAGAAUUCACACAGGAGAAAAGCCCUUCCACUGCUCCCUGUGUGGGAAGAGUUUUAAUCAGUUAGGGGGCCUGACAAAACAUAAGAUAUUACACAAAGGAGAGAAGAAUUUCCACUGCUCUCUGUGUGGAAAGAGUUUUAUCCAGUUAUGGGGCCUGAAAACACAUGAGUGGACACACAUAAAAGAGAAGCCUCACCCCUGUUCCCAGUGUGGAAAGAGUUUCUCACAGUCAAGAUACCUGAAAAAACAUGAGCUGACACACUCCGCGGAGAAGCCUUGAAAGAAUCCACAUUGCAGAGAAAUAUAUAUUGGAAAGAUAUUUACCCAAUUAGGGAACCUGAAAGACCACGAGGUAACAGACACAGGGGGAAACACCUUACCACUGCUCUCAGUGUGGAAAGAGAGGUGUAACGUAACUCAUUAAUUAACUGAUGUAUUUAACACAUACAGUGCUCCAACACUUGUCUCGUUCUUUUUUCACUGACUGUUUAUUUGUUUGUGUCACACGAAAUCAAAUUGUACAAAGUGAACUCAAUGUUUUUUAACAUGAAUUGGACAUAGUGAGUAUAUCUGUUUCAGUAUAGAGUAGGUCGGUUGUAAAUGCUUUUUAAUUCAAUUAGAACUUUUUAGAACUCUGUCUUUGUGUAUUUACUCUCUGUGUGUUAAUCAAGUGCUGUCUAUUUACAUGUGCUGUAUUUCCUCUUGUGUUUGCAUUGUAUAUGUGUGUG